AUGGGGGUGAAGCUGGAGGUGUUCCGGGUCUGUGGCGCGCGGGGUCCUCCGGGGGUGGGGAUGGGGCAUUCUCUUUCGCAGACAGAAAGUCUUGUGCAGCUCUCCCGGGGCAAAAACCCGGCAGUGACUCCCCCGGCAGGCUCUCUCUUCGCUCUUGGGGGCUCGCUGGCCAACAUGCGAGUUUAAGAUAAGAUCCUCCCCUCUCGGAGCCCUUCACGUGCCUCGGAGAGCUUCGGUUUUAUGGGUUAAAAUAUAUAACUGGAAGGGCAGGCAGGUCGAUCGCUCGAUCUUCUUUUCAAGGCAAUAGAUGCAGUUUUGAAUAUCUGUUAGGUUUCAUACAUGCAUAAUGUUGGGAAGCACGUAGGAAAGAGCAGGUUACGCUUACUCGCGGGUAUCUGCAGGGAAAUGCCGCCUGUCCUCCCCGACACAGGUCGGGGUGGUUACAAUUCCAAUGCGGAAACUGGUGAAAUGCGCUGCUCGUUGAUGUGCCCGAGGUACCGCUGCGCCCUGCGUUUUCCUUCGCCCUAGAAGCACAGCCCUUGGUGUUGUCAGUGAUCCUUUCCUUCUCUCCCUCCUGCUGCCCAAUAACUUCGCCUUUCUACCGUUACCUCUGCCAUAUGACGGUCGUCCUCCUGACCUUUUGGCAAGGGAUGAGAGGAAGCUUCUGCUGUUAAGGGCCAGAUUGGGCAAAAUCUAAUAAAACCCUGCAAAGUGUCCCAAUGCACCUGUAUUACCAUCUGACUUCCUAUCUCCUUUCUCUUGCAGAUGAUGCUGUAUUUAUCUUUUCCUGUUGCUAUGUUCUGGAUUUCAAAUCAGGCAGAUUAUUUUGAAGAAUAUGUUAUCAAGCGGAAGGUCAGUUUUGUCAUGUAAUUAGAAAGGGAAGAACAGGGCGGACUGAUGAAAUCAUUUCCAAACCUUUCCUGCGAGGUUUUAUCUGUUUUUAAAAAAUUAUCAUGCUGAUUUUACCUCUGGAAUUGGAAAAGAAAAACCCAGGCUUCCUUUUAUUGCAUUUUACUCAACAGCCAUUUGCUGGGAGCCUGGCUUCUACAAGCAAGUACUGUAUGCAAAAGCUGGCAUUGCACACAAUGCAUCUAGUUGCUUCUGGUCUGCUGUUUAGCAGGAGUCAUUGGUCUGUAAAUAAACAAAAUUAAUAAUAAUAAGUGGAACCUGCAGCAAAAUGUUGCAGCAUAUAUUCUCUCCUAAAAGGAGGCUUCCUGUUCAGGGUUCCAGUCAGCCAUUGCGUCCAAGGAGGGCUUUCCACUUGUCUCCUCUUCCUUUUUUAUUUUUCAGCUCUCAGUCUAUAUUCUAUGAGCAUUCUUAACCCUGGGCUAUUUGGGAGAGCAUUGCCUCUUUCAGUUUUAGUUUUAAAGACCCCCCCCCCCCACUUCUGCCACUAUCAGGGUUACCCCAAGCAUUCUGAUGCUGUAACUUGGUGGCCCCAUUUGGGUUAUGCUACUGUCUGUGCUUGAUACCUGAACUAUUAGGAGAAUAAACAAGAUUUUUCUCAACUGUGUUAAGAGGCCAGGACUUACCUCUUUCUUUCCUAGGUAAAUGUUCUUCUUAGGCAUGGGACUCUUAAUCUCAGGGUCUUAGGUUUGAGCCCCAGGUUGGACAAAAUAUCUCUGCAUUGCAGGGGGUUGGACUAGAUGACUUUAGUCUUCCCUUCCAACUCUACAAUUCUGAUUCUAUCCCCAGUGACAGUCUCUUGAAAAUUAGGAAGACUUUUCAGUUCUCGUAGAAUUUUGGUUUGUUCCCUCACUCGAGCUGGCUGUAUUUUCCCUGCCCUCUUGGUGUUUUUGACAAAUUUGCCUGCUUUCUGCUUGUACGGCAGUGGAAAUUUAGGUGGCAUGGUUUUAAUCUGUUUCAAUAUAAAAGCAGGACUUUCCAAUAAUAUGAUUCCCUUUUUAAUCCUUUUCCUUCAGAGAGAGAUAUACCCACCUGAAGAUAAUUACCAGGUAAAUAUGCCUCAACAAUGAAUACUGCAUGUCUAAUCCAGGAGUGGAGAACCUGUGACCUUCCAAAUGUUGGCCUGCAGCUCCCAUCUUUCCUGACCAUUGGCCAUGCUGGCUAGGACUGAUGGGCAUUGGCAUUCCAACUGGAGGGCCACAAGUAGCCCACCCCUGGUCUAAGCGAACAGAUCAUUUAUGAUGAAACUGGCACUUCUGUCUUCUCCAGAGAAAAGAACUGGAAGACUUCAAAGAGAGAAUGAGGAAGGAACACGAGAAGCGGAUGCUGCAGUCAGCUAAGGAAUAA